GCGGAGGCUACUUAAACCCCGCGGGUGCGUUUCCCUUAAGCUACUCCACCGUGUGUCGCUAGUUAUUUGAGGGAGGCGCUAUAAGCCCUACCUCCACUUUUUACCCAGAAAAAAAAAAAAAAAAAAAAAAACAGGGGGGCGCAGGGAGAAACUAACGGCACCGUCUUCCUGAAAGCAUCCAAAAAAAUUGACCGAAGCUGCGCAAAACACACUUGGCUCCCUCCGUCGGAGUGUCCGGAGCACCGCCGGGUUGAGCAAAACGGUCGAUGCGCUGCGAGACUGAACAUCACAAAUACACACACACACACACGCGCGCACACGAACGGAGGAUUCCGAGCUCCUCGACUAUCCUCGAGUGUAUGCGGAGGUCAGAAGCGCGCACUUCUAUGAGAAUCCGUGCCCUGCGGCAAUACCCAAGUUGCGCUGUUGUCUUCCCCGUGAGCGGCAGUCGACCGGAGAGCGGACGCGUGUCGGGGGAGGAAAUAAACCAUGGUGGUGGACGGGGCUUUGCGGCGCCUGGGCUCGCUGUGCGUCCUCGCGCUGUGUCUCGGCUCGGCGUGUUCGCGAGCUCGGCUCUACACCAACCACUGGGCGGUUCGCAUCGCCGGCGGCACUGAGGUGGCCGAUCAGAUAGCCAGCAGAUACGGUUACUCGAACCUGGGCCAGAUCGGCGACCUGAAGGACUACUACCAUUUCUUCCACAGCCGGACGAUAAAAAGGUCGACGCUCUCCAGCCGUGGCACACACAGCUUUAUCUCUAUGGAACCAAAGGUGGAAUGGAUUCAGCAGCAAGUGAUCAAAAGGAGGGUCAAGCGAGAUUAUAAACCCUUGUACCCAGGAUCGGCCAAGACCAGCGCAGCCCAGUCUGACUCCAUCUACUUCAACGAUGCUAAAUGGAGUAGCAUGUGGUACAUACACUGUAAUGACAACAUACACAACUGCCAGUCGGACAUGAACAUUGUCGGUGCCUGGAAGAGGGGCUAUACAGGAAAAGAUGUAGUGGUCACUAUUUUGGAUGAUGGCAUAGAGCGAAACCACCCAGACCUCAUCCAGAACUAUGAUAACCAGGCCAGUUAUGAUGUAAAUGGAAAUGACUUGGACCCCAUGCCCAGAUAUGAUGCCACCAAUGAAAACAAGCAUGGCACGCGGUGCGCCGGGGAAGUGGCAGCAUCUGCCAACAACUCUCACUGCACUGUGGGCAUUGCCUACAAUGCCAAGAUUGGGGGUGUGCGCAUGCUGGACGGAGAUGUGACUGACAUGGUGGAGGCGCGGUCGCUGAGUUUGCACCCGCAGCACAUCGAUAUAUACAGUGCUAGCUGGGGGCCGGAUGACGAUGGUAAAACCGUUGAUGGUCCUGCAGCGCUUGCCAGACAGGCCUUUGAAAACGGCAUACGACAGGGCAGGAAGGGGCGCGGAUCUAUUUUUGUGUGGGCAUCAGGCAAUGGUGGGCGGAGUCGAGACCACUGCUCGUGCGACGGCUACACUAACAGCAUCUACACCAUCUCAAUCAGCAGCACGGCCGAAAGCGGCCACAAGCCCUGGUACUUGGAAGAAUGUGCCUCCACUCUCACCACCACAUACAGCAGUGGUGAAAGCUUUGACCGCAAGAUUAUCACUACAGAUCUAAGGCAGCGCUGUACAGACAGUCACACUGGAACAUCUGCAUCAGCUCCAAUGGCUGCUGGGAUCAUUGCUCUUGCCUUGGAGGCCAACCCUCUCCUGACAUGGAGGGAUGUACAGCACAUUAUUGUAAAAACGUCACGUGCCGGCCAUCUCAGUGCUCCUGACUGGAAAACCAAUGCAGCAGGAUACAAUGUAAGUCACCUAUAUGGCUUUGGGCUCAUGGAUGCGGAGGCCAUGGUCAAAGAAGCUGAGCGAUGGAAACAAGUCCCCCCACAGCAUAUAUGUGUGGAAAAUGCAGAUAGGCAAAUAAGGACAAUUCGCCCGGAACAUGUUGUUCGGUCUGUUUACAAGGCAACAGGCUGUACGGAUAAUGCAAAUCAUCAUGUCAUCUAUUUGGAACAUGUAGUUGUACGUAUCACCAUAACCCACCCACGGCGAGGAGACCUAUCAAUUAAUUUGACUUCACCAUCAGGGACAAAGUCGCAGCUCCUUGCCAACAGACUGUUUGACCAUUCAAUGGAGGGCUUUAAGAACUGGGAGUUCAUGACAACUCACUGUUGGGGAGAGAAAGCUGCUGGAGAUUGGAUCCUCGAGAUCUAUGACUCCCCCUCACAAGUACGGAGUCAGAAGGCUCCAGGCAAACUCAAGGAAUGGUCAUUGGUGCUUUAUGGUACAUCAGUGCACCCGUAUUCCUCCCGCAGCGACAAGCCUCGAUCUGUGGUGGAGUCUCCAGUUGAGGAUGAGUAUAGUGAAGAGUAUGUAGGCCCCUGUGACCCGGAGUGCAGUGAAAAUGGCUGCGAAGGACCCGGGCCCCAUCAGUGCAUCAACUGCCUGCACUACUUUCUCAAGUUUAAAAACAACACCAGGAUGUGUGUGCCUGAGUGUCCUCCUGGAUUUUUCCGCGAUGAUAAGAGACGCUGUAAGAAGUGCUCCCCUUUAUGCGAAUCCUGCAUUGGUAGUCGUAGCGAUCAGUGUACCUCCUGUCGGCAAGGUUUUUACCUCAGAGAAGGAGCCAAUACAUGCAUCUAUCCAUGCCCUGAGGGCCACUAUCUGGACCUUGAUGCCAGCAUGUGCCGUAAAUGCAGCGAAAACUGCAAAAAAUGUACUUCAGCAAAUAUUUGCACGGAAUGUAAACCGGGGCUCAGUUUACAAGGGAACAGGUGUCAGCUGACCUGUGAAGCUGGCACAUAUUACAAUGGGCACAAACGGAUGUGUGAACAUUGCCAUCCUGCUUGUGCUACUUGUGCAGGAACCGGCGUGGAGGCAUGCACAAAAUGUGCAGAGGGAUACUAUCUUGAGGAGUGGCGCUGCGUUCCAAGUUGCAGUGCAGGAUACUACAUGGCAGAGAAAAAUGCAGAAAACGGAGAGGCCCAGAAGUCUUGUCGCAAAUGCGAUCAUACUUGUUACACAUGCACAGGUCCAGGAGAAAAAAACUGCAGUGCUUGUGUGAACGGAUAUAACCUAGAAAACGGUGUGUGUCUUGUCAGCACUAUCUGCAAAGAUGGCCAGUAUGUGGACCCUAAUAAGAAAUGUAAUUCAUGUGACAUUACCUGCUAUCAAUGUAAAGGACCAAAAAGUGAGGACUGCCUAAGUUGUUUGUUUACUAGGACCUUUGAUGAUGGGCGCUGUGUACUGCAGUGUGAUCCUGGAAAGUACGAAAGGGAUGGACAGUGUCACCGCUGCCAUCAUACAUGUCAUGAGUGUAGUGAUGAGGGCCCUGACAAAUGCACUAGCUGUGGCAAAGACAGGUUGGGAGUGGAGCGAUACCUUUUCGGAAGCGAGUGUGUGGAAAGCUGCCCGCUGUCACACUACCACUCAGCGGACAACAUGUGCGAGGCAUGCGCUCCGGACUGCAGGAUGUGCACUAGCACGACGCAUUGCGUUCACUGCGCUGCACCGUUCUAUUCCAAAGACGGCGUGUGCGUCAGGCUGGAGUGUGUUGACGGAGAAGUGGCUAAACCAGGUCAUGGGCAUUGCAUUACUUGUGAAAUAGGCUGUCAAAAGUGCUUUGAAGUCAAUCCAGCACACUGCAUGUCCUGUCUGAAUGGAUAUUAUGAAUUCACGACAAGCUGUCAUAAGAUUUGCCCGGAGAAAACGUAUGGAAAUGAUGAUUAUAUGAUGUGCAGUCCAUGUGGGGAUUACUGUAUCAACUGCGAUGAGUCCCAGUGUUACCUCUGUGAAGAUAACUUCUUUCUGUCAGACGGCACGUGUGUGGCGAAAUGUAAAGAGGGUUUUUAUGCUGACGCAAGAGGUGAGUGCGAGCCAUGCCACCACGAAUGUCGCUCAUGUGGCGGCCCGUACUUUGACGACUGCGACUCUUGUGAAGAUGAGAUGCGCUUACUGGACGGGCAGUGUGUCAGCAUGAACCAAACAGUCCAUUGUGGCCCCUUCAAAUUUCUCAAUGAGCAGGGGGAAUGCGAGCAGUGUCAUUCUAACUGUAAGCUGUGCUGGGGGCCUAUGGCUGAUGAGUGUAAUAUCUGCAAUGACGGUUUGUUUUUAGUUGCAAGCAGCCAUAUCUGUACAUCAUCCUGCCCUGCGGGUACUUUUGGGAACAAGACAACUGGACACUGCGAGGACUGCCCACCAGGGUGUGACAAGUGUGACAAAGCCCAACAGUGCCUCAAGUGUAGAAGUCACCUCUAUCUCCAGAAUGGCUUAUGCGUUUCCAACUGUACAACAGGUUACCCUGAAGGUGGUGUUUGCCGUAGCUGUGCUGAACGAUGUGUCUCGUGUGAAAACGAGCCUGGUUAUUGUCUGAGCUGUGAGCAGCAGUACCUGCUCCACAGACACACCUGUGUGGUCCACUGCCCUGAGGGCUACUAUAUCAAAAGCAACGUGUGCGAGCAGUGUCCUAACAGCUGCACCCAAUGUGAUGAAAAAGGCCAAUGCAGUGAAUGUGAGCAGUACUAUUUCCUGCAUGAUGGCAUGUGUUUAGAUGACUGUCCUAAAGCCUACUUUCCAAAUGUGCAAGAAAAGAAAUGUGAGCGUUGCCAUGAAAAUUGCGCAGCCUGUGAUGGGCCUGAUGCAGACGACUGCAUAUCGUGCUCGUCUCCUACAGAUGUCCGCUACAAUGGAGCAUGUCUUUCCACUUGUCCAUCAGCCACAUACCAGGACAAGGCUGAAUGUCGGGACUGUGAUAGAUCCUGCCUGACCUGCUCUGGCCCUCACCCUUCUUCAUGCCUCAGCUGCAAGCCCAACAUGAGGAAAGAUGUUAACGGCCAUUGCGAGUUCUACAGCACCUGCUCUCAGAACACGUUUGAGGAUAAAGAUGGCCAGUGCAAACCGUGCCACCCGAGCUGUCUCCGCUGUUCAGGCGCAGAGGAACAUCUGUGCCUCAGCUGCCGCUCUGACGGUUUCCUGCACAAUCACACGUGUGUUUCCGUGUGCCCGGAUGGUUACUACAGUGACAUGAAUGAGCACGAAUGUAUUAGGUGUCAUGUGACGUGUGCAGUGUGCCGUGGGCAUCACAGUAACGACUGCCUCCGAUGCAAAAAAGGCCUUUACAGGUUGGGAAACACCUGUGUGCAAAAUUGUCCUUCCAGGUUCUACGGCAAUGACACCCUUGGGACAUGCGAGCCCUGUGACCCGUCAUGUGUUGAGUGUUCGGGCGCUGGCGAGAUGAACUGCCUAGGCUGUGAAGCCGGUUACUUCCUGUUAAAGCCCAAAGGAAUUUGUGUGCAUGUUUGCCCAUCCAACUACUUUGCUGAUACUUGGAAGAAAGUGUGCCAGCGGUGUCACCCAUCCUGCAAAACCUGUGGAAAAUCGGGACCUUUAUACUGCUUGUCCUGCUAUGAGGGCUUUCAAAAGAUGGGUGGCAUUUGUUCAUCCUUGUGUCUUGCUGGAGAGUACGCUGUGUCCACGAGCCCGGAGGUUAAGUGCCUAGCAUGUGACCCGUCGUGUUUAGAGUGUAAAGGCAAGGGGCCGUUCAACUGCACCAACUGCCAUGCUCAACAUCGUCAGUCAGAGGAUGGACGGUGUUUAGCUUGCUGUGGAAAAGAAUAUCACAAGGACUCGUCUCCGCUGCCCUGGGAUUGCUGCCAAUGCCAUGACGCUUUCAUCGAUGAGUGCAUCCCAGGGGUCAACUUUAAAUUCCGAAGCAAAGAGGAAGUGCCUGCAGGAAAUAUUGCCCUUGUGACUGUAACCAUAAUAUUGCUGUUUAUAGGCAUAUUAGGGGUGGGUUUGCUCCUCAUGUUUUGUCACUCGAAACUGCCUGCCUUACGUUCUGUAAAAUCCAAUGGCUACGCCAAGCUGGACAAAGAGCCUGCCUUUACCACGGCCACGCUCCGGGACCAAAUUCAGGGUGAGUACUGUGAUAAGGACGAAGACGAGGAUGAAGAUGAUGCUGAAGAUGAGAUUGUGUACAUGGGGCAGGAUGGUGUUGUGUACCAUAAAUUUAAGUAUGGCCUUUUAGACCAUGAAGAAGAGGACAUGGAAAUGGAGUACGAUUACUCGCUCUAUGCUGUAAAAUGAAGUGUAUUAGGAAACCCGUAACUUUUGCAGCAAUUUUUAUUUGUGUCGGUUGAAGGAAGAUUAAGGGUCCUCGCAUUCUUCCAAGGGGAGAAGUAAAAAGGAAAAGAGAAAAUUUGAAGAACAAUCCAUGUUUAUGCACUUUAGGAAUGCUUUAGAGAGCAUGAUUGCAUUCCACUGUUUUGAAGAGGCAAUCGUUUUCUUUUGUUUGAGUUAUUGUGAAUGUAGACUUCAGGAGCUUAUAUUUGACCCAGAAAUUAACAAACAUUACUUCAAAACCACCUUUUUUUCCCCCCUACAGGCUGCUCAAUGUAACGGUAUCUAUAUGUAUUAGUAUAUAGUGUUUUAUCUACAAUUGCAUUAUCAUCACAUGACAUGAGCCCUGCAUAUCAGAUAUAUUUACAGUGUAAUAAAUGAAUCACAAAAUCAA